AUGCUCGGCGACGUCAUGAGCUGGGUCACGUGGUUCGCACCGGCUGCCGUUGCUGCCCCAGGCAUCGCACCUGCGGGAGCUGCAUCACGACAAGCCUGGACGCGCGUACACUUGGCCUUCACAUCGUCCCAUACCCUCUGCUUUUUCCCUGCUGCCCGCUCCCCGAUGCCACGACGUCGUCCCACGAUGCAAGGGCUAGUGAUUCUCGACGAUGCCCCUCCGCCGAAAUGGCCGGCGCCGAGGUCCUCCGCGCCGCCCCGUCGGGAGCAGCCAACUCUGGGCCCUCUGAAGCUGCGCUUCGUACCGAGCCCGCCCACCACGGAGACCGUGCGAUUUCGCUUUCGAACUCGUUUCGUCCACGCAACCGCCUCGCAGGUCGACGGAGUGCACCGCAACGUCAUCCGUCUCCGCGUCCAUCCAAGCGCCGCGGACAGGCUCGUCCAGAUCAUCUACACCCUUCUCCCGUCACCGUGGCUCGCUCGGUGCAAGGCAUCCUUUCCCGAGUGGAGUCUGCCGUCGUGCCUCGUCGUCAAGAAGCACAAGGACGGUUGGGACGAAGAGUUUGAGGCGGAAAAGGCAACCUACGCGAAGCUUGCAAGCCUCCAGGGCAUCGUCAUUCCCGAGUGUUACGGCGAGAUUCGCUACUGCGGCGCCAGGGCCCUUCUCCUGUCCGACAUCGGCGGCGCCUGUCUGGCGACACCUGCGGGAGCCUUGCUGGACGAGGCGACGUUUUGCCGCAUCAUGCACGACGCCCUGACCACGCUCACCCGAUUUGGUGUGUUGCAGGAGGAUAGAAAGCUGGACAACUUUCACCUCGUCGGCGACGCCGUCAUGGUUGUUGAUUUGGAGUCCAUGUCGGAAGGUCUGUCGGAUGAAGAGUUCGCCUCGGACGUUGCAUCCACGGUCAAGUGGCUGGCUCGCUUCUACAAGACCAACCAGCAUUGCUUUUUAGAGGACGGCUUCAUAGCCGUCGACGAAUAG